AUGAAGUCGGAUGAUGAAAACAAAGCAAAGAAGUUUAAAGAGCUUCUGGACAAAAUGUGGUCGACUAAAUUAAGGAAACACGUGGCAACAUUGUGUCAACUUCUGGACCUCUCGAACCAAGAGCUGGAGCAGGUUGCAAAGUUCAUGGGCCACGACAUCAGAGUCCACUGCAACUACUACAGACAGACUGAUAAAACCUUUCAAGUGGCUAAAGUUGGGAAGCUGUUGUUUGCAAUGGAAGGUGGGGCAGAGGCCCUAAAGGGAAAGACCCUCCAGACCCUGGAUGCAGCUGUCUGUGCGUGUGCUGAAGUGUCUGAUGAAGAGGAGCUAGAGCCGACCUCCACAAAGGCCCAGAAAAACAAACUGACCAAGAGGACAGAUGGUGAGUACAACUGA